AGCCAGUUCUUGGAAUCGGGUGUCGUUUCUGCUUCUCGAAGCCUCACAGCUGAGCCAGAGUCAUGCUAUCAGGAGCAAACAGACAUCUGCUCAUGCACACAGAGACAUAUGCUGCUGCAGAGAUGAAAAUGGGCAAGUUUUCUGAGUCCUUUCAGAGGUAACCUUGGUCUGGAAUACGAGACUUUGAGUCUGGGGCUCAGGGGAUGUCGGUGAAGUUGCAAUUUGAUUCUCCAGGAAAAGGUGGCAUGGUGCAGAGGAGUUGCUCCUUCACUGGAGUUAACACACUGACCAGCAGACAUAGGCUAUCUUAUGCUCGUACUUCUCUUCGCACCAAAGGCCUGCCAGGAAAAUCUACAAGAAUUUCCACUUCUACUCAGGUGCUUGGCAGCAUUUGGGCACAGCAGCCUGAGCAGGUGGACAGAGUGUUUCAGGCUUUACAGAAGGGGCUCAAGGAGUAUCUUGAAAACCACAAAACAGAGCUGGAAUACCUCUUAUCCCAGCAGAAAGACACUACCAGGAAUUCAAGACUGGCUUUUUUCUAUGACUUAGAGAAGGAAAUAAGAGCCUUGGAAAGAUACAUACGCCGACUGGAGUUUCAAAUUAGUAAGGUGGAAGGGUUGUAUGAGACAUAUUGUAUCCAGUGGAGAUUAUGUCAAGGAGCUGUUAAUAUGAAGCGAGCAUUUUCACUCUCUCCCUCCUCACGGGAAUCACGAGAGAGUCUACUGGAGCUGAACCGCAACCACAGGCUCAGCUUAGAGGAUAUGUGCUCAUUGGAAGGGGAGUUAGAGAUUCUACUGGGAGAGCUGCAAAUCAAAAUGAAAGGUUUGAUUGGCUUUGCUCGUCUCUGCCCAGGGGAUCAGUAUGAGGUGUUAAUACGACUGGGACGACAGCGAUGGAGAAUCAGAGGGCGGAUUCAGACUGAUGACCAACAGCUGUGGGAUGAAGAGCAAAUGGUUUUCCUCCCUCAUAUCCAUGAGAGCUUUGAGAUCAAGGUAACUGAGGUGAAGAGCCUGAGCUCCAUCUUAGUUGGAAUGGUGACAUGUAAAUGUGCAGACUUCUACAGUGCACAUCCACAAAUGAUGAUGGUUGACAUUACGGAACUGGGAACCAUCAAACUCCAACUGGAGGUGGUAUGGAAUCCUUUUGACAGUGGCAUGGUGAAGAAUCUUAUGUCAUCUUCCAGUCGACAGUCUACCAACAGCAGGAAAAGACCGACAGUCUCUCCUUUGGUCUAUGACAGGGCCAGUCAUCCCCCAAUCUUCCCUGAACUUUCCAUGGAUUGUCAGUCAGUGGAUAUUGACCUUUUACAGACACCCCUUGGAAAGGGAGAUAAAAGUUGUGAAUUGCCUUCAGAGCCCAAGCCCAGCUCUCCUGAUCCAGGUGACAGCAAUCGGGACUCUAUAACUAUUGUUCCAUGUUACAGCACUCCUGACAUUCUUCAAAAAAAUGGUGUGGUGACCACCAACCAAGAAGUGGAACCAGUGAAGUCAAAAGUGGCUACAAAUGAUCUCAUAGAGAAAGCUGAAGAAGAGGUUAAGAAAAGGCCAAAGGUCUUAGGGAUGAGUGUAGGGAAUUCCCAAAGAAGAGCAGUGGCCAUGAAGGUUGGACUGGUGCAAGCACAGGUUGCUACUAUCUUGCAGGAGAUGAGUUUUGUGAAGGAGUUAAAGCAUCUGAAUUUACAAAUACAGCAGCUUAACCAGAUCUUAAAGAGGGACAUCUACAUUCUUCAGACUACCUCUAGUAAGGCACUAGAUGUUGAGGAAGAGGAAGUUCUGGGCAGUUUUGACUUUUUGUCUUUCGAUUUCAACACAGAAGACACCAACUCUUGCAGCAGGCAUAUGGACACUAGGUUCAAAGGGAACACCGUGACAAGCCGAGAGGGAAUUUCAGAAGAUACAGUACUGUUGUCAGAACAGCAACAUACAGGACACAUAGCAAAAAGAACGGACAGUGAGAACAGAAGUCCACUCAGCACUGGGGAGUACACUCUGGAUCUAGCCUUGGAGAUCCACCUCAACAUCUGUAUUGCACUACUAAGAGCACUGAGGGUGUCUAAUUUGGAGUACAUGCAACAGUACAUCCUGGAAGAAAUAUCACAUCAAUGUGAUGUACUUCAAAAAAUUGCCUCUUUCACACAGAGCAAGACUCGUGAUAUCUCAGCAACAGAAUUGUGGUCUGGCGCACCAAAGCUGAAAAAUGUUAUGAUGUUGUGGGAUGAGUGCUGUGAAAGUGCUCCAGCAUUUUGUUGCACUGCUGACUCAUUCCUCAGGAUUUUACGCAAGAGGUUCAUUCACAAUGUGAAAGCCAAGUUGCCAGGCCAGGCUGAUACAGUCUUUGCUCAGUUGUUGCAGCAGGUCCAGUCCCCCUCUAUGAUGGUCCCACUCACAGUAUAUGCAACAGAUCUAGUGUCUUUGUUUCAGUUACAUGUCUACCUCAACCGGUGGAAGGUCACCAACUUUGGAGAGCAUAUCUCUCAAAUAUCCAGAGAAGUGUAUUUGGUGUCAUGUCUAGAGACCCCAAAGAGACGGAGGGUUCUCAAGAAGCUGAAGGGAAGGAGGAUCUCAGAACUGCAACCAAUGGGAAAAACUCUCCAUCUCUUGGCCAAUUUACUUACAGAUGAUAGUCAAAAGGUUGCGGUUUCUGCUGCUUCCUGCCUCUCUAGGGCCUCAGGCUAUAAGUCCUUCAGGUUAAAGGCCCUGAUUCACUAUACAUGGCUCUUAAAAGACAAUGAUAUUCAGUUGCAGCGGCAGGCUUGUUUAGCACUGAAGUGCUUGAAGGCCCUUGAAAGUGCUGAGCAGGUGGCUGAACUGUGGCACUCCACAGAUGAAGAGUUAAGGAAUACAGCCAGAGAGACCAUUCUGUCAUUUGGGAAAAAAGGUCACAAAGCGUUCCAGAGAAUGGACCAGAUCCGCGCUGAGCUACAAGAGGAAAUUUAUAAAAACCUAAAAACAGAAAUCACAAUCUUCUAGUGAUCACACAAAAUUUGCUAAUUAUUUUGCUGCUGAUCAGAAGACAUCAAGAUGUAUAAGCAAUUAUAAAAAAUGAAAAAAUAAAUCAAUAAAAAUGAAAAAACUUCAGUAAAAUCCCACACAGAAGCAACUCCAGAAAAUUGAACCAAAAAUUAAACUUGCAUGUAAAAAUAUUCAGCACUGAAGUAAGUUAAAAUGAAGUAUGUAGUCAUAUAACAGGACACUGCUUAAUAGUGGCUUCAAAUCGUAUAUUAUUCAGUUGAUUUUUGUAUAAAAACAUUUGAAAUAUUAUAAAAUGUGUGAUCUAUAUUUAAGAAAUUUGAUCUAUAUUUAAUCAACAUUGUAAACAUAAAAAUAGUGCCAAUAAUUGUUAAUAAUGUACAGAACAGCCAAUGGCAAAACAGAGUCUACUUUUAAAUCUUUCGUGCUUUUAUUCAAGGGGACAUGAUUCUGGCCCAGCUGCAAAGAAGCAAACAAGCAUCUUACACAUCUGAUGAAAUGUUUACAGUUGGGUGCUUCUUUAAAUACGUAUUAAUCAAGAUAAAGAUAUUUUUAUUAUACGAUUAUUAACAGCUGUGUGAACUUUUUUUUGCGGAACGAUGUGUUGUUUCGGGUUGUUUGUUGCAUUUAUAGGCCUGUUAUUUAUUUUUUAUUUAAAUGAUGACUGCAAAAAUAAUACAUGAAUAAAUAAAUAAGU